AGUAUGGCAUUCUCGGUAGUAGAAUACUACGGGGAGAACUCGUCGUAUCGAUGCGGAUAUUGUAAGCAGCCGAACUCAUGCUAUUCGUACGGAAUGUGGGCUCACAAGCUAAAGUGCGAGGAUUAUCAAGACCUGAUCGAUCGUGGAUGGCGACGUUCUGGUUGUUACUGCUACAAGCCUAUGAUGGACGUUACCUGCUGUCCGCAGUACACCAUAAAGUGUGAUGCGUUAAACUUUAGGCUGAACAAAUCUCACAAAAAGAUUCUAAAGCGUGUACACAAGUUUCUGCGUGAUGGCAAACGGGAACCGACCGAAAAGAAUAGUCUUGGAAGCAACGAUGAAGCCACUGCCGACGACAGCGGUGGUCACGAGCAUAUGGAAGUACCCUCCAUACAACCGCAUCCUGUAGAUCAGCAUGUAAAGGAACUGAUGGAGCAAGACCACCCUGAGAAUCAGCCACCUGAUGCUGUUGAAGGCGGCGAAUCUAGUGGUUUGAAUGUGUCCCAUUUCGCCCAAGGCAGCAUGAGUGCUUCAACACACUCAACCGAUUCAAAUCUGCCCAAUCAACCAAAGAAAGCCAAACUGAUGCGCAUUGAAAGGAAGCGGGAAAAAUUACAGAAAAAAGGACUGUCCGGCGAAGAGAUCGAAAAGAUGAUGAAACCCAACAACGGUAACAAAACACAGGAAAAAUCGUUGGAAGACUUUCUUGCUGAAUGUCCGCAAGAAAAUGCGUCACCAGCGCAUCGUUUGAAGGUAAAAUGUGUACCUGCUAGUGAAGGUGCCACUGUCACCACAUUCAAUCUGUACAGCUUAUACCAACAAAGCAUUCACAAAGAUCCAGCAUCAAAGCUAAACAUGGACCGCUUCAAGCGAUUCCUCGUGAAGUCUCCUCUUACGAUCGUGACGCUUCUCACUUCUGGAGCAAAGUUUAGAGAAAGUUUGCAUGUUUCAUACGCUCUGUAUCAAAAGUAUCAGACGGCCAUUCACAAAGAUCCGCCCGGUGCGAUAGAAGAAUAUCUGGACUUUUUGGUGAAAUCGCCCUUAAAGGGCUCCCAAGGAUUCGGAAGCUUUCAUCAACAGUAUUGGUUGGACGAUCGUCUGAUAGCCGUGGGUGUGAUCGAUGUGCUGCCAAACUGUGUCAGCUCAGUUUACUUUUUCUACGAUCCGGAAUUCAAGUUUCUGUCGCUUGGCACUUACAGUUCGCUACGAGAGGUAGCCUUCACACGUUCGCUGAACAGAAAAAUUCCUAGUAUUAAAAGUUACUACAUGGGAUUUUACAUUCACUCUUGCCCUAAGAUGCGUUACAAAAGUAACCUUCAGCCAUCGUAUUUGCUUUGCCCGGAAACGUAUACUUGGCAUUCACUUGGCACAAUCAUGAUAGCAAAACUUGAUGCACACAAGUACAGCCGACUUAACGAUGAUGCCGAGGCGCAGGAUAUAAACAAACCGACCGAGCAGGAUGUGAGUGACGUGCUGCUGCUUGUGGGUAGAUCCUACAUUACGUACGCUGAGUAUUUGACUAUGGCCGACAAGGAAGUACCGGUGGUGUCAGAAUACGCUCGGUUGGUAGGCAAACACUGUGCAAAAAGAAUGAUGCUAUACCGAGUGUAG